AGUAGCUCUUAUAGAUUUUUCUGUGCGAGUUUCGCAUGUGUUAAUUAUAUGGCGAUACUCAAGUUUCUUCAAAGGAACCUGGUGAGCAUCUCAUUCCCAACUCUCACUGCGACUCUUAUUUGGCUGGACUAUAGUCACACCAAGAAGUGGAAGGCCGUGCAGAAACAAAUCUAAAAUGGCAUUGUUUGGUAUCACGACCCGCUAUGUCUGGUUUGCAGUUCCAUUAACUGGCUUCUUGAUUGGCAAGUUUGUGGACGACCAGGAGACGUUGAGGAUGACCAAUUACAGAGACAAGUCUUGUUUGUACGGUCCCAACAAAAAGGAAUGCGACCCACCAUCAUGGCCCUGAAUUAUGUCUCUUGAAAUAAGUAGCUUAAUGUACUUCUAUCAAAUAUAGUGUGUUUAAAGUAA